AGUCCUGCUUCUGGAGGAACAGUGCCCAGCCCCACCCCUUGCUCUGUGCCCCCCUCCAUUGCUGAAGACUUUGACCUUGUGUUUCAGUCCUGGCUGGUGGGCAGAGGGCUGAAGUCAACACAGCCCAGAGAGUCAGGAGCAGUCCUGCUGGAACCUGCACCCCCAGGUCAUUUUUCUCCCGACACCUGGCACCAGUGGCUGCUGUGAUGCGCGUGGCAGUGAUUGGAGCAGGAGUCAUUGGGCUCUCCACAGCCCUCUGCAUUCAUGAGCGUUACCACCCAACACAGCCACUGCACAUGAAGAUCUAUGCAGAUCGAUUCACCCCGUUCACCACGAGCGAUGUGGCCGCGGGCCUCUGGCAGCCUUAUCUCUCUGACCCCAGCAACCCUCAGGAGGCGGAGUGGAACCAGCAAACAUUCGAUUACCUGCUGAGCUGCCUCCAUUCUCCAAACGCUGAAAAAAUGGGCCUGGCCCUAAUCUCAGGCUACAACCUCUUCCGAGAUGAAGUUCCGGACCCUUUCUGGAAAAACGCAGUUCUGGGAUUCCGGAAGCUGACCCCCAAUGAGUUGGACCUGUUCCCUGAUUAUGGCUACGGCUGGUUCAAUACAAGCCUCCUUCUAGAGGGGAAGAGCUACCUGCCAUGGCUAACUGAGAGGUUAACUGAGAGGGGCGUGAAGCUUAUCCAUCGGAAGGUGGAAUCUCUCGAAGAGGUGGCAAGAGGAGGAGUGGAUGUGAUUAUCAACUGCACCGGGGUGUGGGCCGGGGCCCUGCAAGCAGAUGCCUCCCUGCAGCCAGGCCGGGGCCAGAUCAUCCAGGUGGAGGCCCCUUGGAUUAAACACUUCAUCCUCACCCAUGAUCCCAGCCUUGGUAUCUACAACUCUCCGUACAUCAUCCCAGGAUCCAAGACAGUUACACUCGGAGGUAUAUUCCAGCUGGGGAACUGGAGCGGGUUAAACAGCGUCCGUGACCACAAUACCAUUUGGAAGAGCUGCUGUAAACUGGAGCCCACCCUGAAGAAUGCAAGAAUCGUGGGUGAACUCACUGGCUUCCGGCCAGUCCGGCCUCAGGUCCGGCUAGAAAGAGAAUGGCUUCGUUUUGGAUCUUCAAGUGCGGAGGUCAUCCACAACUAUGGUCAUGGAGGUUACGGGCUCACAAUCCACUGGGGUUGUGCAAUGGAGGCGGCCAACCUCUUUGGGAAAAUUCUAGAGGAAAAGAAGUUGUCCAGGUUGCCUCCAUCCCACCUCUGAGGACUCUAGUGAUCACCCGUGCCCCAAGACGACACCCCAACCCCUUCAGCCAGUGAUACGCUCCUGGAUGAUGCUCUCUCCCCAGCCCCNCCCCCAGCCACUCCCCAACCCACCCCGACCACUCCUCCAGCCCCGCCGGCCACUCCCACAGCCCCACCCCUGGCUUCCUCUGGCAAAGGCAUGAAGGGAGGAAAUCUUGCUGCUCCUGCCACUCAUCCACUGCUGUCUGGUCCUUCCAGUGCAGUGAUUCUUGCUGGUCCUAACCAAGGCUUGGGUGAGAUAGGCAAGAUCUACGUCCAUGAUGUAAUUCUUCUCAAGCCGUAACGACAGUACUAAGGCUGGUUGUACCAGGUAGCAGGAUCUGCAUUCAGACCUAUAUGGAGUGGUCUGGAUCUUUUGCUUAGAACUCUGAUGAAUGGUUCACAACACACCCCAUGUGUAUCUGUAGUGAUGGGAGGAGGGGGUUAGGAGCAGGACGAUGGGGAGAGGAGGAGGAGUUGGAGGAGGGGCACUCCACCGGUCAGCAUUAUUAAAACACUGGAUAUCCAAACUCUCUUCAGGACUGAUCCUGAGACAUGACUUCCCCUCAUUCUCACCACCUCCGAGAACACUGUGGCCUUGAGGAGAGUUAAUCUAGCUUGUAUGUGUGAGGGGAGGGGAAAGGCGGGGAGGGUAUGGCUCAGGCCUUAGAGCAGGCUCUAAGGUGCUCUACCACUGAGUGGAACCCUGUCUUCUUGAGGUCUGAAAUCAGAGAAGCAUAUCACCUUGGACACAGUGAA